GGCACCUUCCGGCAGCUCCGGCGCGGAGCCCUGGGCUCGGCUGCGGCCCGGCGGCGGCCCCGGCGAGGCGCUCCCCGCACCCUGUGCGAGUCCGGAGCUCCGCGCGCCGCCCUGGAGGACUCCGCCGGCGGGCGCCCAGGCUCGGCCGACUCAGUGUGAAGAGAUGCCAAAGCUGCAAGGCUUCGAGUUCUGGAGCCGCACGCUGGGGGGGGCCCGCCACGUGGUGGCCCCCAUGGUGGACCAGAGCGAGCUGGCAUGGAGGCUGCUGAGUCGCCGGCACGGGGCCCAGCUCUGCUACACCCCCAUGCUGCACGCCCAGGUCUUCGUCCGAGAUGCCAACUACCGGAAGGAGAACCUGUACUGCGAGGUGUGCCCCGAGGACCGGCCCCUCAUCGUGCAGUUCUGUGCCAACGACCCGGAGGUGUUUGUGCGGGCGGGGCUCCUGGCGCAGGACCACUGUGAUGCCAUCGACCUGAACCUGGGCUGCCCGCAGAUGAUCGCCAAGCGGGGUCACUACGGAGCCUUCCUGCAGGAGGAGUGGGACCUGCUCCAGAGAAUGAUUCAGCUGGCCCACGAGAAACUCUCUGUCCCGGUCACGUGCAAAAUCCGUGUCUUCCCAGAGAUUGACAAGACGGUGAGGUACGCGCAGAUGCUGGAGAAGGCUGGCUGCCAGCUGCUGACGGUGCACGGGCGCACGAAGGAGCAGAAGGGGCCCCUCUCGGGCGCUGCGUCCUGGGAGCACAUCGGGGCCGUGCGGCGGGCUGUGUCCAUCCCCGUGUUCGCCAACGGGAACAUCCAGUGCUUGCAGGACGUGCAGCGCUGCAUCCGGGACACGGGCGUGCAAGGGGUCAUGAGUGCAGAGGGCAACCUGCACAACCCCGCCCUGUUCGAGGGCCGCAGCCCGGCUGUGUGGGAGCUGGCCGAGGAGUACCUGGACCUCGUGCGCCAGCACCCCUGCCCCCUGUCCUACGUCCGCGCCCACCUCUUCAAGCUGUGGCACCACACGCUGCAGGUGCACCAGCAGCUCCGCGAAGAGCUCGCCAAAGUGAAGACCCUGGAGGGCGUCGCUGCUGUGAGCCAGGAGCUGAAGCUCCGCUGUCAGGAGGACAUGUCCAGGCAGAAGGAGGGGGAGGAGCCCGCGGGGGGCCUGCCUUUCUUCCACUGGAUCUGCCAGCCCUACUGCCGGCCAGGGCCCAGGGAGGGGGCCCAGGAGAGCAGCGCGGGCACCGGCAGCAAGCGGGCCCUGGAGGAGGAGGAGGGCGGCGGGGACACCCUGUCCAAGAACAAGCAGAAGAAGCAGCUGAGGAACCCCCACAAGACCUUCGACCCUUCGCUGAAGCCAAAAUACGCCAAGUGCGACCAGUGUGGCAACCCAAAGGGCAACAGGUGCGUGUUUAACCUAUGCCGCAGCUGCUGCAAGAAGCGCGCCUUCAAAGAGACUGCGGACUGCCCAGGUCAUGGACUGCUUUUCAAAACCAAGCUGGAGAAGUCUCUGGCCUGGAAAGGGGCCCAGCCCCGGCUGCAGGAGCCACAGCUGGCAGGGCCUGGGGACCCAGGUGGCUUCCCUGAGGUCGUGGGCAGCGCCCUGGCCUGAAGGGCUGACCAAGGCGACACACCGCCCCUCCGAGUCCCCUCCAGGAGACACCGUUACUCAGGGAACCUCGGGCUCCUUCGUGUGGAAGGACGAGCGUGCGGAACCUCGGGGAGCAGGCCCUAGGCUGGCCCUGCGGCCCUCGCAGCCGUGCGCGUUCAAAACCGACCAAUAAACCUCCUCAGAGACU